AUGCUUGCCAUAUCUGGUGCCAUUCAACUAGAGCCCCCGCGUCCAAAGCCUAAACGUAGCGAUGAUGAUUCAGACGAAGACGAGGAGGAUGAAUCACAUAGCAAAUGGGGUGCAGCAUCUCGAGCAGCGAAGCCAUCUAUAUACAGAGACCGUCAAAGAGGUUCGAACACCACGAAGAAGAAUCUACGUAGCAAGAAUGACGACUCUGACUCCGAUUUUGAAUUUGAUCUGUAA